AGAGGAGGCUUAUGCUCCAAGAACAACACCCAGCUGCUCCCAAAGGCUCUCGGACCCAUCUUCAGGGAUCAAUGAGGAGCUCUACAUCCUUGGAGUAAGAGCAUGCCCAGGGUAGGAGCAACGGCCACUCUCCCCCCCAGCCCUCCACAGACAAGGGCCAAGAGGGAGCCUGCAUGCUAAAGGUACAAGCAGGUUUCCUCAGAUCUCCUUGCCUCCAUAAAAACAGAGGUCAAGGGAGUCUCCCACAUACAUACCCUCCUUAUCCUCACGAAAAGCCAGUUUCUCUACCACUAACUGCCUUGGACCCACCAGGCCUAAGUUUUACCCUGUUUGUGAGCAGUCACGCCAAACAGCAAGCCCCAUAAAGAUCUUCACAUUCCGUGUUCCGCCCCUGCCUCCCUCCACUCUCAUCGCCUGAAACACGCCCCCGUCCCUCUAAAGCUCACAGUCCAUCAACAGCAAAAUCCGCUAGAUCUUCCAUCUCUUCUCUGAAUGCUGCCUUCAACAUGGAGCUGGUUCCUGGAAUGGGCACCUGCAGAGAGAAGACGCUGAAGGCAGGGACAGGGGCAGCCUUAGCCAGAGCCACAGGGCCAAGCUGGGACUCGCCGAGCAAGACGCAGGUUGUCAGACUCAUGUUGUUGUAGCGCCCUCUGCUGGCCAUGAUUGGCCAUGGCGGCAAGCUGGACAAACCGAUACUAAGGACGCCCAGGAGGGAUCAACCAACUAGACCUAAAGCUGGUUUAGGGUCCAAGGUCCAAAGAGAUUAAUGAGAAUACGGACAAAUUAGCCAAACACCUCGGCAAAAAAACAGAAACCCAAGGCCCAGGCACAUUGUCUUUCUUGUUGGAGUAGUAGUAGCAUAGUUUGUAAUGUGUCCUUAGACUGGGGGUCGGGGGGACAUCAUUUUCAGAGGCCACUAAACCCUACCCUUGCCUCAGUCUGUGCUCUCUAAUCCUGCUUUAUGUUCACCCUCCCAAAAACUGAUCACCUGGGGAAACGGGCACUUCGACCCUCCUUCCUUCUUCCCCAACAUAUAGAUAGUGGCAGGUUAACUGGUGAAAUCACACAGAUCUGGUUUUCAGUAAUGCCGAUCUGCCUCCUACCCAUGUGACCCUGGACAAUUUAACCUCUCGAAGCCUCAAUGGGCUCAUUUGUAAAACGGAAAUAAUCUCUACUUCAAAACUGUGAGGAAUAAGUAAAACAGGAUAUGCAAGGUAGCUGGCACACGGCACACAUUUGCCACCUCCUCCCUCUCUGUCCUUUCCUUCACAUGAAUUUGAAUCUUACUGAAUUCACCUUUGCCCCAGACCCCGCCCUCCAUCUCCCUCCCUUCCACAAACACCGAGGGAGGCCCUGUUGUUUCUCCUCCUCCACUUGCUUUGAAGUGGUCAGAGUCCAGAGACCUGAGAGGUCAGAGACAGAACAACCAGCAGCAAGACGGAACAUCCCUGCCCGGCUCUCCCCUGAAGCUGAACGGCCCCACCACGAGGAUGAAGUUCUCUGUGGCUGCCCUCUUUCUCCUCACGCUUACCCUCAUCCUCACCACCACUUCUGCUUUUCAGUCAAAAAUUCCUGAGUCAGUGAACGUUCCAUCCACCUGCUGCCUGAAGUAUCGUGAGAGAGUAUUACCAAGGAAACUGGUGGUGGGCCACAGAAAGGCCCUCAACUGUUACCUGCCAGCCAUCAUCCUCGUCACCAAAAAGAAUCGAGAGAUCUGCGUCGAUCCCGAAAAGAAAUGGGUCCAAGAUUUCCUCGAAGAUCCCAGCCUACCUUUGCUACCCCCCAGGAACGUGGCCCAGUUUAAAUCUAUUAGAUCAUAGAAAGGCCAAACCCAGCUCCUCAACUCCCCACGACGAUUGGGCCUCAGGAGAAGCCCAGGUUCAGGAAAGAAAAGUGUAACCCUACGAAAACGCAGGCAGCCUUGUGAAUGAGUGACGGUCACAUUCAGAGAAACAAGCCAGUGAUCCAAAAACUAAAAGUUAUUUCAUGUUUUCAAUCUCUGGAGGAAAUGCCCGUUAAGGGAGGUGACCAGACCUACAUUCUUAGUACACAGAAAAACAUCUUUCAUACCCUUCUCCUUGCUCUGCUUUCAAUUCCUCCCCUCACACCAGUCCACCAGCCAUCUACAUAACUAGGUCCAGCCAUCUCUGAUCUCUGAUUCAUUAAGAGCCCCACAGAACUCCUGGCUUGUCCUGUCCAUCUUUAUCCUUUUUCUAGAUCGUUUUCUUCUAUUAUUCUUUUCUCUUAAAACAUAACUUUUUCUUAGCAGACCAGGGUGGGAAAGUUCAUAUGCUAAUGAUUUUUGUCCCUUUUGCCUGAGGCUUUGCUAGAUCCCCACCUCCACCCCCUCCAAGAUUUGGUCUCCCCAACCCCC